GCAUGCGUCCCAGCGCCGAGAGGAAAAGGGAACGCGCUGUAACAGAGGAAGGUUUCCAGUAAAACCGCUACAUGAGCCUGAGGACUUCAUGCACUCAGAGCUGCUUCUUCUCUCCGCUACAUUGUUCCGAGGGAUGAACUUUGAUGCUCACAUCAUAUCUCCGCGUGUGUGUGUGUGUGUGUGUGUGUGUGCGCGCGCGCGCUGCAGGCAGACGCAUAUUUCUCGUUUUUCCCACGCAGUGUGUGUGUGUGUGUGUGUGUGUCACUAAAAGCAACGUGAACUUGGUUGCAACAUCAUUGUACUGUACAAGAGGCUCGCUGCGCGGAUUACAGCUCAUCUGUGGGACGAUCCAGACUCACUACAUCUGAACCACUGAGGACAGAAUCACUGGAAAUGAAAGAGGGAAAAGACAGGGAGGAUGCUGUUGAUGAAGCAAUGUGAAGGAGGUCCUGAUAACUCCUGUGUGUCCCGGGAUAAGAACAUGAGAGGACCGAGGAGCACGUGAAGAUGACCCAGAAGGCAGCUAAAACAUGGUGCCUGAGGCUUCUCCCAGUCCUCCUCUUCUUCAUCUCCUUCAUCACAUACUACUGCUCCUAUGCCAUUCUCCAGAGCUACGGAGGCACCAGCAAGUCUCCCACCAGCAGCAAGUCGCUGUGUGGUGGCUGGCUCACCCAGAAGAAGUGGGAGAGCCUCAACUUUAACAUCAGCAGACAGACGCAGCUCUUCCUCAAACUGGAGGAUUUCUUCUGGAGGGAGCAUCUGUCACAGCUGGCGUUACCUUAUGGCAUUAAGGGCAGUGAGCUGCUGCUACUGAAAGUUCUUGCCGUUAUUGCAAAUUAUCAGGUGCCAGCCAACAUCGAAAACCUUGAAUGCAGAACCUGUGUCGUCAUCGGAAACGGCUUCGCAAUUAAAAACAGCUCGUUGGGAGGAAUCAUCAACAAAUACGACGUGGUCAUUCGGUUGAAUGACGCCCCAGUGAGGGGCUACGAGGACGACGUGGGCAACAAGACCACCAUGAGGUUCUUCUACCCCGAGUCGGCCUCGUCCGACCCCGGCCUGCACAAUGAGCCCAACACGCUGAUGGUCCUGGUGCCCUUUAAACAGCAAGACCUGCGCUGGCUCAAAGAGAUCCUCUAUAACGAGAAGAGGGUCAGGAAGGGUUUUUGGAAGCCUCCUCCCCAAAUCUGGUUGGGUGACGUCAGUAAAAUCAGAGUGCUGGACCCCCACUUUCUGCACCGAACCGCAGACAGAUUGCUCCAGAUCCCUCUGCACCCCAAGAGCAAACAGCCGGUGCAUCCCACCACGGGGAUCCUCGCUGUGUUUGUUGCUCUCAACUACUGUGAUGUCGUCCACGUUGCUGGGUUUGGAUAUCCAGACACAAAGAGCCAGAGGCACCCCAUCCACUACUACGGCUACGACACCAUGAAGUCCAUGAAGAAUUCCUACCAUGACCUGAACCAUGAAGCCGAAGCCUUAAAGCGACUGGAGGAUUCGGGAGCCAUUUUAUACCUGCACCCACAUUUGUGAUACACAAAGUUUGAUUUUAUCCAAAAAGAGACUGAACACCAAAUCCUAUUUGAUCGUAUUUGGCUUGGGUCGUCCCAUCCAGAUGUUAAUGUGCCUUCUGCAGCGGGAAACAAGACAUUUUGUUGCAAAGAAUGUUGAUCUUCCUGCAGCCUUAUAUUCUGUCCCACCGACAGACGUGAUAACUGCUUUUUAAAUGUCUUUCUUUGGAUUUAUCAACUACAAGCUUGACUCAGCAGACUCUGUUUUAUGGGUUUUGAACCAUAAUUUUCAAAGUUAGGGCACUAACUAUUCAUGUGGUGAGCCAGUUGUCUUGUUUGUGAGAAGUAAAAAUAUGUCAGAUUAUGUCCGGAUUUUCACUAAUUCCUAUGCUUUGAUGUCGUUUGGGAGUAAAACAGCCACAUCAUUGAAAUCAAGAACAACUCUGCUCUACAAAGUCUAACUGCAGUAACGAAAUAGAGUUAUAACAAAAAAUGAACUCCUUGAUGUCUGUUUUAUCUUGUGACAAAGUUUUAGAUUUCAAUUUUGCUUUAUUUCAGAGAAAUAAUUAUAUAAAAAUUGCAGUAACUACAACAUCCAACUCAAAACCAAGCAGUAAUUGCACUUACCACAGUCUGGUUUGGAUAUAUAUAUAUAUAUAUAUAUAUAUAUUAAUUUAAACAUAAAAAUAAUAGAAAUUAUAAGUUUAUUUGAAAGGGAAAUUAUUAUCUAGAUAGUGAUGAAGUAAAAAAGUGAGAUAAAAUUAUGUUAAGACUACAAUAUAACACUACUUCAUGAUAUUAAGUCUAAAAUACACAAAUCUUUGAAUAGAGUUGUUAAACACUUUUAAAUAAACUUAUAACAAAAUCAAUUUGAAAAUGUUUUUUCACUGAAAACUAAAUAUAAAAGCUGUAAGAAGACAACAACAUUAUAGUUACUGCUCUCUGUUUAUCAUUACUAUUAGAACCUUUAACAGCAAAACCAGAGUGCAGAAACUACAUUUUUGGGGUCAAAUGUCAAAUAAGUCAUGAUUUUGAGCAUAAAAAUGACAUCAAUACAUGUAGAAAUAAGUGUCAUAUCACUUAUCUACAAAUAACACAUUUGGUUGGACAGUUAAAAAACUUUAAAGCAGUUUUUCUCAGUUUUACAUUUUGUUAGUUUCUGCAGUUAGACUUUGUAGGGCAGAAUAAAUCAAAUACCUGUUUGUGGAGAGAUUUUUUUAUUAUCGAGCUGCAAAACUGAGCAGACCGGAUCAUUUCUCUCUGUGUACACUUCGUAUCAUUUCAGACUGAUUUUGUUUUGUGUGUGUGGCAAAUGGGUGUUAGAAUGUUUGGGGAUUUUUAAUUUUUGGUGAAAGUCACUUUUAACGUACUGUUUUAGUCUAUGGAGUUAGAUUUGUGCCAAAAUGUUCAAACAACACUUCUUCAAAUUCAAACAAAAAAAUAUUAAUCAAAAUAUCAAACAGGAAAUUUAAACAAAAAACAAAAAAAAGUCGAAGACAGAAUUCAAAACUUGCAAUUAAAUUAUUUGUGUAAUUGCAAAAAUAAAUCUGUCUUUAUGUCUUUUAAUAACAGUUUUUUUUACUUUUAUGAGUUGGAUCUCCAGCUGCAGCUCAGCUGUCAGUCAAAAACGCAUCAGCCAAUAGGAAUGCACCCAGAAAGACCCGCCCACACAUUAAAUUUGUGCCAAAACCGCAAGUAAAAAGGCUGCAAACACAAAGACAGGGUCACAAAUACAAAACCAGCAGCAAACACAAAAAAACAGUUAUUCAAAGACUUAAAGACAGAUUUAUUUUGCAAAUACACAAAUAGUUUGAUUGCACGUUUAGAAUUUUGUCUUUGACUUUUUAUUUUUUUUAUUUUUUUUAAAAUUCUGUAUUUGAUAUUUUGAUUAAUAUUUUUUUGUUUGAAUUUGAAGAAGUGUUGUUUGAACAUUUUGGCACAAAUCUAACUCCAUAUUUCGUCUAAAUGAUUGAUUGAUCGUAAGCCUGAUUCACACAGGAUUAAAAUUCACUUUACUUUUAGUUUUCUUGGACUGGAAAUACAACUUUGUAUUUUGCCUAUUUGUUAGUGUUUUAAUUACAGUUUUCUGGGGGUUUUAAUUUAUUUCAUCUAUUUUUUUUGCCCCAGAAACACCACCAGUAAAUGGUACCACUGGAUAUUUUUUAUUGUACAGAAUGAAAUUUUUAAUUAAAAGGAAUUUAAAAUGAA